AUUUUGAAUAAAUAAAUGUGUUUGGUUUGACCGUUCCAUGCCCGGCACACACAGAGCUCCCCGGAAAAGACCCAACAUUUCAGCAGCAGAGAAUUCCAGGAGCUCUGAGCCACAAACCCCUCCUUUUCCCACAGAAAACUAUCGAAUGAAGAGCUACAAGAACAAAGCCCUAAACCCCGAGGAAAUGCGUCGCAGGAGGGAAGAGGAAGGGAUUCAACUGCGCAAACAGAAACGAGAGCAACAGCUCUUCAAAAGAAGGAAUGUGGAGUUGAUCAAUGAAGAUGAAUCCAUGUUUGACAAUCUCCUGGUGGAUUCCUACGUCACCUCCACCACGUCUGGGGAGGGUUUGAUCACAGGAGAGAUGGUGGAGAUGCUUUUCUCAGAAGACCCCGACCUACAGUUAGCAACCACUCAGAAAUUCAGGAAAUUACUCUCCAAAGAGCCAAAUCCUCCRAUAGAUGAGGUGAUAAACACUCAGGGAGUGGUGGAAAGAUUCGUGGAAUUCCUGAAAAGAAGUGAAAAUUGCACAUUACAGUUUGAGGCAGCGUGGGCYCUGACAAAUAUUGCCUCAGGCACUUCCCAACAAACCAAAAUCGUCAUCGAGGCCGGGGCAGUUCCCAUCUUUAUUGAGCUCUUAAACUCAGACUUUGAGGAUGUUCAGGAACAGGCUGUCUGGGCGCUGGGGAACAUCGCUGGGGACAGCUCAGUGUGCAGAGAUUACGUCCUCAACUGCUCCAUCCUUCCUCCCUUGUUAAUGCUCCUCACCACGUCCACCAGGCUGACCAUGACACGAAACGCGGUCUGGGCUUUGUCCAACCUGUGCAGAGGCAAAAGUCCUCCUCCAGAAUUCGAGAAG